AAAAAUCCUUGUUAUUGCAAACAUAUGCUUUCUCCAAAACCUCUGUAUGAUGAUUCAUGUGUUGUUUGAGUUCACAGAAGAAGACACAAACCUUGUAAAGUAACAUUGUUUGACCCUUUUGAGAAUAUCAACUAUGGGAUUCUCUUUAACAGUUUCAUUUGGUUCAGAUAUUGUGCUCAGAGCCACUCAUAAUCAAACCAGUAGAUUAAUCAACUCCAAAUUAUUAUUCUGCAAAACACAACACAAGAACAGCGUUGGUUUCAACCUCUCAAACCAAAAGACCAAUCACACAGCAAUUUUUGUUAGCAAGCAAGAAUCAAUUGAGUUCGAUGAGAGAAAGAGCCCAAAUGAGGUUAAAGAAGAGAUCAAACAAUGUUAUGAACUCAUAAACAGAAUAGGAAGAGGAGUUGUAUAUCUAGGUUCUUCUAGGAUGGGCUCGGGCCAUUCACAUUAUGUGCAAGCACAAGAAUUGGCUAAAGAGAUAGCAAAUCUUUUGGACUGCACUACAUGGUCAGGGGCUGGACCAGGACUAAUGGACGCUGUUACUCAAGGCGCUUUGCUAGCGGAGAAACCGGUUGGUGGAUUCAAGAUAGGAAAAGAAGCUGGAGAAUGGACAGCAUCCAACUUUCAUCCAUACUUACCAUCAGAAAAUUACCUUACUUGCAGGUUUUUCUCUGCAAGGAAGCACGGGCUGGUUGAUGCUGUAGUGAGGAACAAUUCAUUCGAUAAAACUGCUGUUGUUGCUCUUCCAGGUGGGAUUGGUACUCUAGAUGAGGUGUUCGAGAUGCUGGCAUUAAUUCAGCUAGAACGGAUUGGAUCAAAGCUUCCUGUUCCCUUCCUGUUGAUGAACUACGAUUUGUUUUAUUCAAAACUGCUCGACUUUUUAGAUGUUUGUGAGGAUUGGGGAACUGUCUCUAAAGGAGAGGUUGCAUCACUGUGGAAGGUUUGUAACAACAACUCAGAAGCUUUAGCUUACCUGGAAGAUUUCUACCGCACUUCUUCCGGUGACGCAAGUCAAAAGAAUGAAACUAAAUUGCAUAGCGCACAUGAUUCACCCUUUUGAUAAUUAUUGUCUUUCUCAACAAAGCUUGAACUGUAGAUACCUAAAUUGUUGUAAUAAAACCAAGCCUUAUGGUUGAAUUUUGACAUGUGUAGUAGUAGCAAGUGCUACUGCUAAUUGCAUAAAAACUUCAGAUUCUUUCCAUAGUCACAUACUGUAAUAUGAAUAGUGAUUAAAGGAAAUGAGUUAUCUAUAAAGUGUUA